ACUUUUUGUUAGUUGUAGUACUAAUUUAAAUCACUGCAUGCCCAUUCCCAAAAACCAAAAAUUCAUCAAUGGCAUUUCCACAUUCUCUUCUACUACUUCUUGCCCUCAUUCUUUACCCUUCUCUCCCAUCAAUUGUAUCAUCAUCCAAUAAUGAUGAGUUGAAGGCUAUCCCCAUACACCAAUCCCAGAUGCUGGAGGACAUGAUCACCCGGGCUUGUGACGGCGUCGAAAACCCGGGGUCGUGCCUCCAGGGCAUACGCUCGAGGGUCGAAAACGACACCCGUCGCGACGCCACGACUGUCCUGAGAGCCGCCAUGCACCACUCCCUCGCAGAGGUUAGGCUAGCAACUGAUUCCCUGAACAAAUUCAACCCCUUCUCUGUCUCCCCUCGCGAGCAGAUCGCCAUCGAGGACUGCCGCGAGCUCCUCGACUUCUCGGUCGCGGAGCUCGCGUGGUCGCUGGGCGAGAUGCGCGAGGUCCGGGCCGGCCGCGGGCGGCCCGACUCCGAGGGGAACCUCAGAGCGUGGCUCAGCGCCGCGCUCGGCAACCAGGACACGUGCCUCGAGGGGUUCGAGGGGACGGACAGGCGCCUCCAGAGCUUCCUCCGAGGGGGCCUGGCGCAGGUCACGCAACUGAUCGGCAACGUGCUGGCACUGUCUGUCCAGCUGCGUGAGCUCCCCUUCGGGCCCCCGAGGAACGCGGCGGGGCCCGCGGGGGAGUUCCCGAGCUGGAUGAGCGAGGGAGACAGGGAGGUGGUGGCGGCGGCGUCGAGGCCCGGGGCCCGCGGGAUGCAUGUGGACGCGGUGGUGGCGUUGGACGGGAGCGGGCACCACCGGUCCAUCGGAGAGGCGGUGUCGGCGGCCCCGAAUAAUAGCAAGAGGAGGUAUGUGAUAUAUGUGAAGAGAGGGGUUUAUCAUGAGAAUGUUGACAUGAAGAAGAAGAAGAGUAAUAUUAUGCUUGUGGGAGAUGGGAUUGGAGCCACCGUUGUCUCCGGUAACAGAAACUUCAUGCAGGGCUGGACCACAUUUCGAACCGCCACUUUUGCCGUUUCCGGGAAAGGCUUCAUCGCAAGGGACAUGACGUUCCGGAACACCGCCGGCCCCCAGAACUUCCAGGCGGUGGCGCUCAGGGUGGAUUCCGACCAAUCAGCGUUUUUCCGGUGCAGCAUGGAGGGGUAUCAGGACACCCUCUACGCCCACUCCCUCCGCCAGUUCUUCCGCGAGUGCUCCAUCUCCGGCACCAUCGACUUCAUCUUCGGCAACGGCGCCGCCGUGCUCCAAAACUGCCGGAUCUUCACCCGGAAGCCGCUCCCGCUCCAGAAGGUGACGAUUACGGCCCAAGGCCGGAAAAGCCCGGAUCAGAACACGGGCUUCUCGAUCCAGGACAGUUACAUUUACGCUUCCCAGCCCACUUAUUUGGGCCGGCCCUGGAAGCAGUUUUCGCGGGUCGUGUUUAUGAAUACUUUCAUGAGCGGGAUGGUCCAGCCCAGAGGGUGGUUGGAGUGGUACGGAGACUUCGCUUUGAACACGUUGUGGUACGGGGAGUAUAAGAAUUAUGGGCCGGGUUCUUCAUUGUCGGGUCGGGUUCGCUGGCCCGGUUAUCACGUUAUUAGGAAUGCGCCGACUGCCGGUUAUUUCACGGUUCAGCGGUUUAUUGAUGGCAUGUCGUGGUUGCCGGCCACCGGGAUCCGGUUCUCCGCCGGUCUUACGAAGAAUUGAUUGAGGAAAUAGACCAGUCUUUGGAUCAGAUCAUGUGAUCUAAUGACUUGGAAGAAACUUAUUGUAAAACAAGAUAAGACCGUUAGUUAAAAAAAAUUAUUAUUUUUUAAAAUUAGAAUAAGCUAUAAAUGAAUGG